AUGGUCCAGAAAAACGCCAAAUUGAAUGGUGUGGCUGACCGUGUAGCAACUGCAGUCCUCGAUGUAUCAAAAAUCGUGAAUUUUGAUGAGAGGUUCGAUUAUCUUAUCGCAAGCGACAUGCUGUUCUCUACGAAGCUCGCUAAAGAUGUUUUUGUUGCCUGUCGAACUUUCGUGAAGCCUGGAGGGACGAUACUAUUGGGCCAUGAGAAACGGUAUUCGGUCUACCGAGAUCGGGCAACCUGUGAGAUCAAACAGGAUGCUAAUGACGAGCCGCUCGAGCUUUUCAUCGGCUUAGCAAGACAAGAGGAGUGGUUAGUCCAUGAGCUUUCACCUUUCGAUGAUAAACCUCAGCUCUUAGCUAUCAAAAUAGAUUGCGUCUGA